AUGCGUGCCAGGCCGCGCAGGCUCGCGUUUCUGUGCCUGGCUCUUCUGGGGUGGUCCUGUCUCCCCUUUUGUUUGGGGACCGUCUGCGGCCGCGUGCCCGGGAUGGAGCAGCUGGACGAACUGGAGCUGCUCAUGGAAAAGAGUUUCGGGGAGGAGGAGGAGGCGCCGCAGGCAGAGCUAUUUCAGAAUAAGGUGGAAGCUUCUUUUCCUAAACUGAUUCUGAGCCGAGGAAUGGAUAACCGCUACCAGGUGUUAGCAGUUGAUAUGGUACAGAAUGAAAGUGGAAGCUGUGAAAAGCACUUAAUCAUCACUGCUUCCCAGUCUCCAGAAUAUAAAGAACAGUGCAUCCUGAGGAAUGGCUGGUGCUCUGUACCAGUAGAGCCGGGGGAUGUCAUUCACUUAGAGGGAGACUGCACAUCUGGUACUUGGAUAAUAGAUGAGGAUUUUGGAUAUUUGAUUCUCUACCCAGACAUGCUGAUUUCGAGCACGAGCAUAGCCAGUAGUAUUCGAUGUAUGAGAAGAGCUGUCCUGAGUGAAACUUUUAGGAGCUCUGAUCCAGCCACACACCAAAUGCUGGUUGGUACAGUUCUCCAUGAAGUAUUUCAGAAAGCGAUAAGUGAUAGCUUUGCCCCAGAAAAACUACAAGAACUUGCUUUUCAAACCAUUCAAGAAAUAAGGCAUUUGAAGGAAAUGUACCGCUUAAAUCUGAAUGAAGAUGAAAUAAAGCAAGAAGUAGAGGAGUACCUUCCUUCAUUUUCUAAAUGGGCUGAGGACUUCAUGUAUUUGAAUACUUCAGGGGACUCCCGUCAGAUGCAGCUUUCUCUGUAAGAAGUGCAUUUUAUUUUUCUAACAUUCAUAUUUUUAGACCAGUAUUCUAUUCUACAUGUCAGAUCAAAGU